AUGGGCGACUGGGUUCCAACAGACGACUCGACUUCAACAGACUCCGAUGGCUCCGCCUCCCCUCCCCCGUCCCGCGGGUCUCCCGACCGUCCACUCCCCACGCCCCCUGGCCAUCCAUCUAACGGCCCCCAACCUCCGAUGAGUCCUCAUCCACCCAACGGCUCGCCUCCUCCUGCAGCAGCUGAUAUUCCCGUUCCAAAGCCACCGCACGUGCGUGGCGGUCCCACUACCCCUCCUCCCUCUGGCGUUCCGUCUGUUCCCACACUGCCCCCUGAUGUUCCUCCUACCCCUGCUCCUCCCACUGAUGGAAACGUUGUUCGUGCUCCCUCUGACGGCUCUACCACCCCCGUUUUUCCUCCUGGCGGCCCAACCACCCCCGUCCCCCCGCCUGACGGCUCUACCACCCCCAUUCCCCCGCCUGAUGGCGCCACCACCCCUCCUCCUCCUCCUGAUAGUCCUCCUGACGGCGCAACCACCCCUGCCCCUCCCUCAACCUGCGUCAUGGAUCAAGGGGCGGUGCAGGCAGCCCUUUCAUGGGCCUGUGGCGCCGGUGGCGCUGACUGCUCCGCCAUCCAGCCCGGCGGCGCGUGUUACGAGCCGAGUACACUCGCCGCGCAUGCGUCUUACGCGUUUAAUAAGUAUUAUCAGCAGCGCGCGCACGCGCCUGGGACCUGCUUCUUUGGAGGGACGGCUGUGGUGGUGCCGGCUCUGCCUCCUGAGACUGGAGGCUGCAAGUACCCUGAGGGGAAUGCUCAGUACUGUGUUGUGGGCUGCAAGUGA